CCAAAAUCUAUUUGGUUUAUUUCAUAUAUAAGCACUAAAAUAAAAUUUGUAGUAUUAUCAAUGCCAAUGCUUUUUUCCCAAGGAAAAGUAUCUGGCGCCACUAACACUCCCUUACAAGCAUAUACAUACAUAUAUAUGUAUAUAUGUAUGCAUGUCUAUAUCGUUUUUACAUUAGGAGCAUACCAUCUAUAUCUAUCUGCAUAUUCAGUUGUUACAGAUUAAGAAACACGUGAGAGAGAGAGAGAGAGAGAGAGAGAGAGAGAGAGAGAGAAGCAACAUGAGAACUGCAGCAAUAAGAAUCAUUCUUCUCUUUCUCUUCAUCUCUCUAACGAUCGUAUUCACGUCGAUGGUUCAACCGCAGGCUAUGUUACUUGGGAUGGAGUUCGACGUCCGUGUCAUAAACGGGUUUAGAGACAACUCGUCACUUCCUCUGGUGAUCUGGUGCUCCACGGAGCGGGGUGAUCUCGGUGGUCGUGCGCUUCAGGAGGGAGAUGAUUUCGGAUGGACGGUCAGGAUUGAGUUGUGGGGAGCAAGAGAGUACUUGUGUACCACGAAAUGGGAUUCCAGGAGGAAGAGCUUCGACGCGUUCAGGGCUCCGAGGGACAGUCGACGAUGCGGUUUGACUAGGAAGUGUUCUUGGUUGGUUAGAGAUGAUGGUUUCUAUUUUAGUAGUGAUGAAGUUAAUUGGAUCAAGGAUUUCUCUUGGUUUUAAAUGUUGUGUUAUAUAUAUACACAUAUAUAUAUAUAUGAAUUCUUGACUCGUAUUUCAAUAUCACGCAUCAGAUGAUCGUAUAGUAUUGAUUUUACUAAUAUGCAUGUUCUUAUAGGAAAAGAUAACCCUCGGAUAU